AUGGGUCGAAAGCGGGCGCAGCACAUCAUGGCGCGACUUGCUCGGCUCUUUCCCGAGCAGCACAGGACUUUGAUGCGUGAAGUGGAGCGAAUGGAACGUGAGGCGCGGCGAGGCGGCGACAACACGCGACUGCUGGAUCGCUGCAGGGCGCUUUUGCAAGAGUUCAGUUCGAGCCGGCCCCUGUUGUCGUAUGUGGCGCAGGGGUGCCCGUCGUGCCUGUCGGCGCUGUUGUCCCGGGCAGGCUGCUGCGAAGAAGUCGACGGGGCUAUCUUGCAGCUUGCGGCUGCCAUGGCGGUUUCCGGCACUCGUGCUGACACGCUGAUGGACAACAUCAGCAAGAAUUUUGCUCCGUUUGUGGCUCUUGUCUUCGUUCCUGACACGGCAUUGGCGAAGCUGGCGUGCACGCUGCUUGGUUGGGCAGUACAGUUGGCCACCGAGGGCGAAAAACUUGCGUCGCGGUUGCUUUGCGACGAUGACUUUUGGUGGUGGUUGGACGGCCUUUGGUUUAACGACGGAACGCAGGCGUCAUCUGGCCAUCUCGCGGCGUCGCUUGGGUUGCUGCGGGCGUGCUGCAGUGUGACGAGCACGGCGUCCGGCGCCGUUGUCUCACGGCUGAGACGCCUUUGCACCCGCGCGAGUGUGCGGGAGGAAGAGUCUGUGAGGAGUGGGGCAUUGCAGCUACUCGUUGUCUUGCGGCUCACGGCGGCGGAAUCCGACAGGGGCGUCCAGGACUGCCUCGCCAUGCUCACCAGCCCCCGCGCGACCGACGUGGACGGAGGCGGGGGCGCGGCGCAAACGCUCAGCGAGGCGUGGGCGACGGGCAGCGAUGAUAUUCCUGUUGCCGCGCUCAGCGCGGCACUUGGCUCGUUACAGAGAGAUCAGUUUGACAGUGCGGCCCGGGCGAGGGAUCUUCACGCCAUCGCCCGCCUGUUGUUUCUUCCGCACGCCCCACCGGGAAUGGCGGCCGCACUACUGGUGUUGCUACCAGGUGCUUUGAAGACCGUGGUCGUGGCGGCCAGCGGUGUGGACGAGAACGUCAGCGCAUGCGCUUGCACAAUCCUCGCCUCUGCCGUCAGUGGGCGGGAGUGGAAGGCGGCAGCUCCACGGCGGCAAUCUCAGCCGCAGGAGCGGAGCCAUUACAAGGGGUUUGACCCCUUGUACUACCAGAACUGUUUAGUGGAACAUUUCUUCCUUCUCGGUGGCGUCGUCCUCUUGGAAGAUUUGCUUACAGACUACAGCAACAGUGUCGUUGUGGGGGCACUGCGGUUACUUCAAUCGCUGCUCCAGUUCUCGGAUGAGGGGCGAAAUGUGAUAUUGGCAUCGAAAUGCAUCGAGGUGCUAUGCGGGGCCAUGGAUGACAUGAGCCAAGAUUCUAACCUUUCGCUCUUGAUGAAUAGCGACGAUGGAGAAACAGCGUUGCUGCUGGCACUCAACACGAUUACUCUGUUGGGUGGCGAGGCAAUGCGACUGCUGCCGGAAGAGGCACUUGCAUGCAUCGGCACCAUCGCCACGGAGGCAAGAACGAAUGCGAAGGUUUUGAAAGCCGCUAUUUGCGCCCUGACCUUGCUUGCGGAGGCGUACCCCUUGGCGGCCACGCUUGUCUUAGACUAUGAAUACAUGAACUCCGUUCUUGCCUUCGGCGAGGCUGUCGGUCCAAGCGAGCUGGAUGCUCUCUAUCUCAUCGGCUCACUCAACAUCAUGGCUGUCAUCGUUUCCAGACAGCCGUCGAGCGUCACGCUUGAAUGGAUUGAAAUCAUCGUGUUGGCCUCACGGCGAUUACAGGCGUGGGAAGGGACUGUCCCUGGCUACGCCUAUGCCUUCUGGAACACCCUCCUAGAGACCGUCGCUGCCUCCCAGGAUGGCUCUGCGUACUUGUUUGAGGAUGAAGACCUCCUCCGACUGUUGUGUGCGUCGUUGACGCGGUGCUGCCAGGCGUCUCUUGCGACGAGGUCUACAGGGGCUGUCAAGAGUGGUGUGACAGCUAAUGCGGGUGACGGGAGCACCCAUGGCGAGGCUCUCCAGCUGCUUCCGUUGCUGGUGCGGGUGACGCGGCACGUGCCGCAAAUAGAGCCACGGUCAUUCGCAGUGCAGAACUGUGAUGUUGUCGAGGGCGUCGCGUUUCUUAUUGACGCCUCCCAAGAUGGCGUUUCACCUGAUCUGCUCGUUGAUACGGCGCUGACGCUCGCGUCAGAUGAGGAGCUUUGCGACGCUGCCCUUGACAUCAUCUCGCAGGCCGGGCCGUCUGUCGUUCCCGUUUUGCUGGACCGCAUGCAGUUCUUCUUUGCGAGCUCCUCCACAUCUGCACCUGCGACAGAAAAAGUGAAUACUGUGGAAGGCUUCCGUGACGCCCUGGUUGUCUUGAGCGGCAUCCUGGCGCGCAGCGAGGCCUGCCACACCCGUGCCACCCUUGGGGCAGUGGCGGGCCUUGUCACGGCGGCACUCCGGUUACUCAGUGCGUCCGCGCUGCCUUUUUCACUGUAUGCUUGCCUCCUGUCCUUGUUGUGCAAGCUGUUGCGUCUGGAGGAUGUAGGCGUGACGGAGAUUGCGUGCCAGUUGUGUGUUACGGACCGCCUCGUGGAGUUAUUGUCGCUUCUUCUGCGUCUCUCACGGGGGCAUGAAGAGGGGGAAAAAUUGUGCGGUAUGGUUUACGAAUUGGUGCAGCGGUUGUAUGAGGCACAGGCAGUGUCGUCGUCGUCCAUUCUUUUGCAGGACAAGGUGUUUCUUUCCUUUGCGAAGGAGCACAUCCCCCACGACUCCGAGCAUCCAUCUUGUCGCUCGCUCUUUAUGAGGCUCUCGGCGGCGCCGGGUUUUCAGCGUCAAAUGUUCGAGCUGCACGAAGAGUUGUUUCGUGCAGUCCUGACCGACGCCUCUGCAGACGCUGGGGGUGAGAGUAGGGAGUUGCCGUGUGCUGCGGCUUCGCGGUGUGAUGCGGGGGCCGAGGGGGAGAAGUUAGGGGAGGCGGGGGAGAGCAGCGGAGUUGCUGAGGGGCCCCGCCGAUGUUCAAGCCCGCAGAGCAUGUAG